AUGCCAUUUGGGUGCCUUGCCCUGCGAGAUGGGCGGACUUACAAUAGCAUAUCUGAUGUCACGGACAAAUAUGAGAUUGGACAGGUCCUCCGAGCGAAGGAGUUCUGCGAGCUGUGCCUGGCUAAAGACAGACAGACAGACAAGGUGUUUGUCUGCAAGAAAUUCCUCAAGAAAGACGGCAGGAAAGUCCGCAAGGCUGCCAAGAACGAAAUCAUGAUCCUGAAAUUGGUCAACCACCCAAACAUCCUUCAGCUGAUAGACACAUUUGAGACCCGGAAAGAAUACUUCAUCAUCCAGGAACUUGCCACGGGAGGAGACGUAUUUGACUGGAUCCUGGACCAAGGGAAUUACACAGAGAGAGACGCUUCCAAUGUCAUCAGACAAGUCCUCGAGGCUGUGGCAUACUUACACUCCCUCAACAUAGUUCACAGGAACCUGAAGCUGGAAAACCUGAUGUACUACACAGAAAACAACCACAACAAAGUAGUUCUGCGAGAUUUCUACCUGUCCAGGUUUGAGAAUGGACCCAUCACAGAGCCUUGUGGAACACCGGAGUACCUGGCUCCUGAAGUGGUGGCUCGUCAUCGAUAUGGCCGUCCUGUGGACUGCUGGGCUGUGGGUGUCAUUAUGUACAUACUCUUAUCAGGUAACCCUCCUUUUUAUGAUGAGACGGAGGAGGAGAACACAGAUCUUCAUAAUCGCAUCAUCUUCUGUCGCAUUGUGGCCGGGGACUUUGAGUUUGACUCUCCCUACUGGGAUGACAUUUCACCUGCAGCCAAGGAGCUUGUCUGUCGACUUAUGGAGGUGGACCAGAUGCUGAGAAUAACAGCACAAGAUGCACUUUGGCAUGAAUGGAUUGCGGGGAAUGGUGCAUCAGAGAAGAACCUAAAGGAUGGUGUGUGUGCCCAGUUUGAGAAGAACUUUGCAAAGGCCAAGUGGAGGGAGUUGAAGAAAGCUAUCCGUGUCACGACCUUCAUGCAGCGACUGAAGAAUUCAGAGGCAUUAAUUGACAGUUCGGCCGAUGCUCAGGGUAGUGAAGAGGCAGGAGAUGGUGAAGGCGGUGUAUCUCAGGGUACAAGUGAUGAGGGAGACAAAGGGACCAGUGAUGGAGGGGUGACGUCAAGUAGUGUGUCUUUAGAGGUUACUGUUGAAAACACGCUGCCAAGUAUGGAUCAGGAUGAGGGGAGGAGUAAGGUAGGAGAAAAACAGGAGGAAACAAAGAUGAGUAUAGGCCCAUCUGUAGGAACAUCCCCAUCAGAUAUUCAAGAACCUUUAUGCCAGUCAAAUGCAGCCCCCAAGCUCACACAAGAGGAGCCUGAUAAGGUCAGUGCAAAGAAGGCAGCAGGUGAUGGAACCAGGAAAAUGGCUGCCAAUUUGGGUCAAAAUAAAGUGGUUCCAGAAUCCAAACCAACCCCUGUGGUGACGCCUGACCCUUCCAAGCGGUCAGACAGUUGCUCAGGCACCUCGCCUGAUCCCAGCAGCAAACGUAAAAUGGCUGCAACGCUUCAUGGCCUUCCACCCACAGCCUCUCCUGCAACCGCCUCAUCAGAGAAGAGACCAGCCACACAGAAGCAGCAGAAGGAUGAUACUGACGGAAGCUGGUGUCAGACACAAGUACCUGAGGCAGUGGCAGAGAAGUCAGUGGUAGCAUCAGUCACUCCAGCAAUAGGACCUGGAGCUGGGGUGGAUGUAGGACUAGGAGUUGGGUUAAGAGGGGAUGCUAGCCCUGUGGGUAGGAGGGAUAGGGAUGCUAGGAGAACAGACAGAUACAGUGCUGAGUUCAGCAUAGCAAGGGCAGGUCCUGCAACAGGACAGGGUUGUUAUACAGUAGGCAGCUCCGCUAGUUUGGGCCGUCAUGCCACACCAUACAACCCAGAAGUUGGGACUGUAGGAAUGGGGAUGGCAGCGAGCUACGGGAGUCCAUAUAGCACCCUGUAUACGAGUGGAGGAGGGGUAGGGUUGUACGGGACUGGGCUACAGCAUGGAGGCGGGAGCAGCUCUACAAGCGACUGGCAAAUGGACAGUGUGAUAGAGCAGAUAGAAAAGCAAAUGGCUGCAGUACUGGAGAAGAUUGAGGGAGACAUGCCCUCGCUGCUAGAACAAAUCAGUGACUGCCCCUCUGAACAACCACGUGCCCGGAGUACGCACGCCUCGCCUGCCACCUCCCGCGCCCGCUCCUCACAACACUCCUCGACUGCGACCUCGGCCACUCCUCCACCUCUUCCCACCUCUCCCAGGCCCACACUCCCAUCUCUCCCUCGUCUUACUAUCCCUCCUCCCUCCUAUCCCCCACCCUCUCCACCCACACAAGCUUCACCUCAAGCUGCAGGAGAGCAGGAAGACAGGAGUGGACAGAGGGGUGCUGCUCGUUCUAGCCAGUCACCCAGAGCUGGGGUGGGUAGGGAGCUAUGAAGCUGGUGUGCAUAACACAAUACCUAGCACCUGGAGCACUGGAUUUAUAGUUUAAACUUGAGGGUUUAAUGACUGUGUCUCACCCAGAAGUAUCUACUUGCUCCUCAGAAGAAAAGUAACCACUGUAUUAUUUGGUUUGACUGAGUAUUCAUACUGAGAUGACUGGACAAGAGAAAUCUCCCUAUGGCAUUCAAACAACUGAUGUCUAGGGGAGUACUGUAUCUUUCUUUAUGACAGCUACAAACACCAAGAUCGCAAAAGUUUGUUUGUUUCUCAAAACCGGGUUGCGUGCAUGAAUGCUCACCAUACAACCACCUCAUACUGGAAUCCAAUGACAAAAUUACAAGUAUACACAACUAAA